AUGGAUCACAUCAGAGGCUUGUCCCAGUUUGGACAAGAAAACCCCCGUGCUCCCCCUUCCCCGGACCUCGAUGCCCUCUUCAACGAAGUCUUUGACUACCCGGCCUUGCUCGGCGAGCCGGUUCACUGGCCCCAGCACGCCUACUCCUACACCCAGCAACCCCAGCACCAGCACCUUUCCAAACUUGUCACCGAAUUUCCCUCGCGUGACGCCCUCGAGGCUCGCUUCUAUAGGAUGAGCCCCUCCUUCGGCUCAGAUAAUGCCACCACCUCCCCGACUUACUCGGGACACUCCUCUCCCCCAGACCUCAUUCAGGGCGGAAGUACCUCGCCCUCUGAGCAUUCUGACCAUGAGCUGCCCGAGUACCAUGACCGCCCAUCCCGUCAUGCGAGCCGCAGUCCAAAGGGCUACCGUGCUCAUCACGACGAGCAUUGGGCAUAUCCCGUGCAUGGUUCGCACAAGCCAUCCCGACGGGAGCUUGUGCACCACAAGGUUCGGGGCCCCAUUCCCGGAGGUGCCACAGGGCCGAUCGACCAGGGCCCCGGUCCCAAGCUUCCGUCUGGACGAACCCCGGCGAAGCGUCCGAGGCAGCUGGAGAACCCAGAUCAAACAGCCGACGUGCGUAAGAGUGGAGCUUGCCUACCAUGCCGGGUAUCCAAGACUCGAUGCCACGAGAACGGCGUUUGCCCCGCAUGCCGCAAGGCCUUCCCGGAACAUUCUCAUCUCGUCUGUGCCCGCAAGAGUCUGAGCGAGUUGUGGCCCAUUAUCGGUCAAGGUCCUGAUAUCUGGUCAAGGAACCCCAAGAAGGAGGCCGCUUUCUGCGCAGAGGCCCGUCCACGUAUCUUCACCGGUGUGGUCAAGCCCAUCAAGGUGUUCUUCUCCACCAAGCCGAGCGCGGAUUCGCCGUUUUUCCAUGCCUACGUCCAGCCGUAUCGUUGGAGGGACGAGGAUGGAAACAACCCCAUCGAGAAGGUCUCCCUGUCCAGUGCCUCGGGUCAGCUCGUCGACCACUCCCAACUGCAGCAAUGGGUAGAGGCCCAAAUCUACCAUGAACGGGACCAUGCCUUCCCCAGUGCUGUACAGAGGUUCCUCAUGGACUAUGCCAAUGAGGGCCGCGGCCUGCCUCAGCACCGUCUGGUGUGUCUUAUCCACCGCAUGGGGUGCUUCUACCGUAUCUGGAAGACAUCUUCUUUCGGGUGCCGCGAUCCGUCCGGAAGGGUGAGUGUCUUGCCAAUCUCGGUGCAGGCGCAGCUUCGCCACAUUGCGAUGAAGGCAAUUCACUCCAUCGAGGGUGAUAUCUUGCGGCAGCUGGACAACCUCACCACCCCCGCCCACCAGCCCAAGCAGGACGACCGCUUGGCUCUCUGGGCAGGCCUGUGGCAAUUGAUGCUGUUUUACCGAGACCUCACAGCCUCGAUUGAAACCCUUGCUGCUCGUUUGGAAGCUGACUUUGACCCAGCCCACCCACUGUACGCUCGAGUUCAGUACCUCUCAGACGGGUUCUUCCCGCUACUGGCAACGUUCUAUCACUAUCAGUUCAGAACAAAGAAGAGCCUUGAGGUGUCAUUGGACUGGCUCAGGUCGUCCAAGUACAAUGGGUGUCGAUACAAAGCCAUUGAGCACAGCGGCAGGAUCCUCCUCGACAGCCGCAAGCACUUCUUGCAGGGCCUUCAAAGCUCGCAGAAUGAGAUUGACCAGAGACUUUGCGUGUUCGUCGUCAACCACGAACUCAAAAAGCUGAAUGCAAGGAAGCGGGCGCCCAAGUCCUCGAGAUCCAAGGGGGCGGAAGACGACUGCGACGAUGACUAUGAGUAA